AUCGACGGAACACUGGGCUCCCGGACCUACUAGUUGUGUACGUGGAAGCAGCCGGCGCCUGCGCAGUCCGAGCCUUUCGUCUCAGCUGUGCUGGAAGCACUAAGGGAAACAUCCCCGGCUCCCGGGGGCCGAUCCGGGUUAUGGCAUCCUGGUGACAAGGCUUGCGGAGCGGAAAAGGGGGCGAGGCUCUCCGUGCGCUCUGCCCGGAGCCUGCGUUCGUCUGCCUUCCCGCUCGGUGCUGGCGCCGCUGCCGCCGCCGGCUGAAGAGGGGAGAUGAGCUGGUUCAAUGCCUCCCAGCUGUCCAGCUUCGCCAAGCAGGCCCUGUCUCAGGCCCAGAAGUCCAUCGACAGGGUCUUGGACAUCCAGGAAGAGGAGCCGAGCGCCUGGGCCGAGACCAUUCCGUACGGAGAGCCGGGAAUAAGUCCUCCUGUCAGUGGAGGAUGGGAUACUUCAACCUGGGGGUUAAAAUCAAACACUGAACCUCAGAGUCAACCUGUAGCCUCUCCUAAAGCAAUUACAAAGCCAGUUCGGAGAACUGUGGUAGAUGAGUCUGAAAAUUUCUUCAGUGCCUUUCUUUCUCCCAACGAUGUCCAGACCAUUCAGAAGAGUCCCGUGGUAUCAAAACCACCAGCUAAAUCACAGCGACCAGAAGAAGAAGUGAAAAGCACCUUACAGGAGUCCUUGGACAUUGAACAGUCAAGAACAGCUGAAACAACUGAGUCAAAAGUAAAAGAUUCUGCUCCAUGUGUACAAGAGGAAACUCUGGCAGUAGGUACUCUGCCACCUACAGCUGAAGGCAAGCAUGAAGAAACUGUUAAUAAGGAAUCUGAUACAAAGGUGUCAACUGUGAGUUUGAAAGUAUCUGAAAGUGUAAUUAAUGUAAAGACAACUAGGGAAAAUGUUUCAAAUGUAUCUACACAGCCUCUCACAGCAGAAACAAAGGAUUUGGCCUUGGAACCUAAGGAACAAAAACAUGAAGACAGACAGAGCAAUACACCUUCUCCUCCUGUUAGUACCUUCUCAUCGGGUACUUCUACCACUAGUGAUAUUGAAGUUUUAGAUCAUGAAAGUGUAAUAAGUGAGAGCUCAGCAAGUUCGAGACAAGAGACUACAGAUGCAAAAUCAAGUCUGCACUUGAUGCAGACAUCCUUUCAGCUUCUCUCAGCAUCUGCUUGUCCUGAAUAUAAUCGUUUAGAUGAUUUCCAAAAACUCACUGAGAGUGGCUGCUCAUCUGAUGCUUUUGAAAGAAUAGACUCAUUUAGUGUACAGUCAUUAGAUAGCCGUAGUGUAAGCGAAAUCAAUUCAGAUGAUGAACUGUCAGGCAAGGGAUAUGCUUUAGCACCUAUUAUACUUAAUGCUUCAACUCCAAAGACUAAAAUAGUUGAAUCUGUUGAAGGAAAAUCUGAAGAAGUAAAGGAAGCAUUAAUUAUGCCCACUGAGGAAACAGAAAUGGAAGAAAGUGGACGAAGUGCAACUCCUGUUAAUUGUGAACAGCCAGAUAGCUUGGUUUCUUCUACACCAAUAAAUGAAGGACAUACUGUCUCAGACAAGGUUGCUGAGUUGUGUGAAGCUCCUGAAAGUCAGCCGGAAGCACUUUCUGAGAAGGAAGAUGUAUGCAAGACAGUUGAAUUUCUGAAUGAGAAACUGGAUAAAAGGGAAGCUCAGUUAUUAUCUCUUAGUAAAGAAAAAGCACUUCUAGAAGAAGCUUAUGAUAAUCUGAAAGAUGAAAUGUUCAGAGUGAAAGAAGAAAGCAGCAGCAUUUCUUCCUUGAAAGAUGAGUUUACUCAAAGAAUUGCAGAAGCAGAAAAGAAAGUUCAGCUAGCCUGCAAAGAGAGAGAUGCUGCUAAAAAGGAAAUCAAAAGUAUGAAAGAAGAACUUGCUACUAGAUUAAAUAGUAGUGAAACAUCAGACCUUUUGAAAGAGAAAGAUGAGCAGAUCCGAGGGUUAAUGGAAGAAGGAGAAAAACUUUCAAAACAGCAGCUGCAUAAUUCUAACAUCAUUAAGAAAUUAAGAGCUAAAGACAAAGAAAAUGAAAAUAUUAUUGCAAAGCUGAACAAAAAAGUUAAAGAGCUAGAAGAAGAGUUACAACACUUAAAACAGGUCCUUGAUGGCAAAGAAGAGGUUGAGAAGCAACACAGAGACAAUAUUAAGAAACUUAAUUCUGUGGUAGAACGCCAAGAGAAGGAUCUUGGCCGACUUCAAUUAGACAUGAAUGAACUUGAAGAAAAGAACCGAAGUAUUCAGGCUGCUCUUGACAGUGCAUAUAAGGAACUUACUGAUCUCCACAAAGCCAAUGCUGCAAAGGAUAGUGAAGCCCAGGAAGCUGCUCUGAGUCGUGAAAUGAGAGCUAAAGAAGAACUUUCUGCAGCACUGGAGAAGGCCCAAGAAGAAGCCCGUCAGCAGCAAGAAACAUUAGCAAUUCAAGUGGGUGACCUUAGGCUGGCAUUGCAACGUGCGGAACAAGCAGCUGCCAGAAAAGAGGAUUAUUUGCGCCAUGAGAUCAGUGAACUCCAGCAGAGACUCCAGGAAGCAGAGAAUCGAAACCAAGAACUGAGUCAAAGUGUUUCAUCAACAACAAGACCAUUGCUUCGACAGAUAGAAAAUUUGCAAGCAACACUAGGGUCCCAGACGUCGUCAUGGGAGAAGUUAGAGAAGAAUCUUUCUGAUAGACUUGGUGAAUCCCAGACCUUGUUGGCAGCAGCAGUUGAGAGAGAACGUGCAGCUACAGAAGAACUUCUUGCCAACAAAGUUCAAAUGUCUUCUAUGGAGUCACAGAAUUCUCUCUUAAGACAAGAAAACAGUAGAUUUCAGGCCCAGCUUGAAUCAGAGAAAAAUAGGCUAAGGAAACUAGAGGAUGAAAAUAAUAGGUACCAAGUUGAAUUAGAAAACCUAAAAGAUGAGUAUGUAAGAACACUUGAAGAGACAAGGAAAGAAAAGACACUGUUGAAUAGCCAGUUAGAAAUUGAGAAAAUGAAAGUUGAACAAGAAAGGAAGAAAGCAAUUUUCACCCAAGAAGCAAUAAAAGAAAAGGAACGGAAGCCAUUUUCUGUUUCUAGUACUCCCACAAUGUCACGCUCAAGUUCAAUAAGUGGAGUUGAUAUGGCAGGGCUACAGACGUCUUUUCUCUCUCAGGAUGAGCCUCAUGAUCACUCAUUUGGACCAAUGUCUGUAUCAGCAAAUGGAAGCAAUCUUUAUGAUGCUGUAAGGAUGGGAGCAGGAUCAAGCAUUAUUGAAAAUCUACAGUCUCAGCUAAAGCUAAAGGAAGGAGAAAUUACUCAUUUACAGCUAGAAAUUGGCAAUCUAGAAAAAACACGCUCAAUAAUGGCUGAAGAGCUAGUUAAAUUAACAAAUCAAAAUGAUGAACUUGAAGAGAAAGUGAAGGAGAUACCCAAACUUCGAACUCAGCUGAGAGAUUUGGAUCAAAGAUACAACACUAUUCUGCAGAUGUAUGGAGAAAAAGCAGAAGAGGCAGAAGAACUUCGAUUAGAUCUUGAAGAUGUAAAAAAUAUGUAUAAGACUCAAAUAGAUGAACUUUUAAGACAAAGGCUCAGUUAACUUCUGAAAAUUACAUUCCCAUCAAACUGAAUGUAAACAUUUAAUAUUUAAGUCAGACUUCCAAUAAAUUCUUUUAUAGAAUUAGAAAGUGGAAAUUACUGUAGAGUUCAAAAAUUGAAAAAGAAUUGUUUUAUAGUAUGUAGUAAUAUUUGCAGUUAAAUUAUUUUGUGCAAUAUUUGAACUUUAUUUUUGAAACUUCUUCAAAGGUUUAUUUUUUAAAGCGCCUUUUUUUUGGGGGGGGCCUUGAAUAGCACAGAGAUUUAUUACUUUAUCUUCAUAUCAAUAUGGUUAGGGAAGGAGAAUGGUGUUCAUAUAUCAUAUUGUAGAUAUAUAACUAAUUGUAUCUAUAAUUUAUAUGUGUUUGUAUAUAUUGAGAACAUUUAAAGAGUGAUAAUUAACAUAUUGACACUUUGAAAUCUUUCACAUUUAAAUCUUCAGUGUCUCUAAUUCCUACUCAUGAAAGUGGACAUCAGGUGUUCAAGUAAAAAAUUAUUAAACCUGUGAUUAUUAAAUUUUGAAGUACUUUUUCUUUUAAAGUAGAAGUCACACUGACACUUUGAAAUUUAAAGGGUAAAUAAUUUAAACUUAAAAAUUUUUGUGGUCUCAAAUUUUAUUUCACCCAGAUUUCAUGAUUAAGUCUAUACAAAUUUUGGUACCUAUUUGGAGAAAACUGUAGCUAUUUAAAGUUAUCUAGACAUGAUUGGAUAGUGGAAAAAUCUACUUAGAAUGAUUUUGUGAUGGUAUCAUUAACAUUAAAGUGGUUUUGAAGUAUUGUCUUACUACCCUAUAAAAUGAAGUGAAGGUAAUAAAAUUACCAACAAUUUUAUUUUUAAAAUUUAUGGGAGUUCCUGUUGUGGCUCAGUGGGUUAAGGACCUGAGUUGUCUCUGUUAGAAUGAGUGUUUGAUCCCUGGCCUUGCUCAGUGGGUUAAGGAGCCAGCAUUGCUGUAAGUGUUACCGUGGCUGUGGUGUAGGCUGCAGCUGCAGCUCCAAUUCAGCCCCUAGCCUGGGAACUUUCAUAGGCCAUAGAUGUAGCUGUAAAAAGAAAAAUAAUUUAAUUGUUCACAUUUUGUAAAGCCUUAUUUUUGGCACAUUAAAAAUGAAUGUUUGAUAUUACAGUAUAUUCAUAACAAAAUAGAGAAAUUAUAGGAGUUAAAUUUGGCAUUUUUUAAUUCUCUAUAGUUUAUCAUUUAAUUUUUUUCUUGAACCUUUAAACUUAAAAAUAGUGUGGAAUAGCUGAAAAAUAUCUUUGCCUUCUUCCCAGCUGUGUUUUAGACUUGUGAAAUAUUUUGAUACAUUUUAUUACUGAAAGUCAUUUAGCUGCCCUUUACUGGCAAAUAAAAACUCUCUCUUGAUAUUUAGUUAAAUUUUAAACACUAGAUCUUUAGAGUAUGGCUACAAGUAAGCCAUGUUGAAGAUUCUGGACUGCUUUUCAGGGCAAUUCAAGUGACCUCAUUUUAGUUCUUUUUGUAUUUAAGACAGUGUUUCUGUCAUUGGAUUCUGAUUUGUAGCAUUAACAGUCUUUUGGUGUGAACCAAAUUCAUUAUAACUAAUUUUCUAUAUUUUAAUGGUAAAAAAGCAGUAUAAUAGCUUUUUGUCAGUUGGAUUUUUUUUUUUUUUAAUAUUCAGGGGCUGACAGAGAAUGACAAGACUGAUAGCAAUAAGAAAUGUACAGAAUUAGAAGAUGUAGGAAACUUAAGUUACAAUAUUCUGUCAAGUGUUUGAAACUAGACGUUUAGGAAUUAUGAAAUUGUUCUUUUAAUAUAUCCAUUAGAAGGGGGGAACCUUCAGUUGAUGAGAAAAGAUUGAAAUAAAACUCCUUUACCUUUCAAUUUUAUAAUAUUAAAUAUUCUCUUUUCUUAAUCCUUAUUAACAUUAGUAAAUCAACUCAAAAUUUUAAAGUGUUUUCAGUUUAUUUAACAACGAGAAGCAGUUAUUUAAUAUUUAAGUCUUUGGCUGUAUAUUACUAUAUACUGAUCUUUACCCACAAAUUAAUAGCUGAUGUUUGUACUGAUUUUAUUUCAGUAUAUGCUCAGAUCUCUCAAUACAUUUGUAAGUUGAGAAAGUGUACUGAAUUGCUUUCUUGACAAACUCCACUAAAUGGCAGAAUACCUAUCGAAUAUUGGUUGCUGCAUUUUGGUGUUUAUCAUUAAAACUGAUUAUCUAUCCAUGUUCUAAUUAAAUAUUUAUAUUUUAAUAGAUAAGGAAAUAGUUUGCAAUGAGAUGUUUCCGUUCUUGAAAGAAAAUAGAUAAUACAAAUCGUAGCAAUGUCAAGAAUAUUAAAAAGGUGUAAAAGAGGUAUGCACAUUGUUGUUUUAUAUGAAACCAAGUAAGCACAGACUAUGGGUAUCCUUCCAACUCUUGGGAAGCUAAAUUGAGACUACCAUUUCUUUCUUUCUGUUUACCUCUUUUUUAAGAACUUCCAGUUGUACAGUGUUUAGCGUAUGGGGAUGUAUCAAAUGUAUCUAUACUGUGAUUUAAGAGACUGUAAACCUGGAUGAUUUCUGACCUGGGAAAACAUGUAGAUUAAGUGAAAAGAAAAGUUUAGGAAAAUUCUUUUCUUGUAAUCCUUCGAUUGACAUUAGAUUUAUUAACUAUACAUUUUAUUUAAAUGCUUAUUAAAAGUAUGUGAUUUAUGGAGUUCCCACUCUGGUGCAUCAGGUUAAGGAUCCAGCAUUACUGCAACUGUGGCAUAAGUCACAGCUGUGGCUCCGAUUUGAUCCUUUGUUGGGAACUUCAUAUGCCGUGGGUGCAGCUGAAAAAGAAAAGGGAGAAAACAUGUGAUUUAUAAUAUUUAGAAAUUAGCCACACAAAAGUAGAAAAUGACUAGAUAUUUUACCUUGUUUUGCCACUUUCUAGAAUGUAUACCUGUAUGUUCUAAUGUAUCAUAAUCAUUCAUUUUCAUUUAAAAAUCAAAUUUUCAUAAUUCUAUUCAGUUUUAAACUAUAACAACUUUAAUUUCAUAUUUUGUAAAGGGCUAAAAAUAUUUAAACUACAAAUGGCUAUUAUAUUUUAAUUCUAAAUAAAAGAUAAUGUAAAUAAUAAGCAUGGAUCUAAUUUGAAUAAAGAUUUAAAAAUAGUAAUAAUGUAUUUCAUUUUUAACAUGAUUUAGAGUGGUCAGUACCAAUGAGUGAAAAUAGUUUUGUUUUAUGAAGAUACUGACUUGUAUAACUUUGGAAUUCUUAAGAAUAUGAGGAUAGGCCUGGAUUUUCUAUGAGUUAUAUUACUAAGAAUUUUAUUAGUCUUAAAAAUAGUUUUCCUAAUGAAGAUAGGUUUUUGGAAAAUAUAAUUCUAAGACUUUACUUCUUAUAAUUAACUGGUAUAAUUACUGUAAGGGUGGUUUGUGUCUUUAAAAAGUCUUAAACAGAAUCAAGCUAUUCUUCUACAAGUCUUAAAACAGGAAUUCCCGUCGUGGCUCAGUGGAAAUAAAUCCGACUAGGAACCAUGAGUUGCUGGUUCGAUCCCUGGCCUCAUUCAGUGGGUUAAAGAUCCGGUGUUGCCGUGAGCUGUGGUGUAGGUCACAGACGUGAUUCGGAUCUGGCAUUGCUGUGGCUGUGGCGUAGGUUGGUGACUACAGCUCUGAUUAGACCCCUAGCCUGGGAACCAAUAUAUGCUGAGAGUGCGGCCCUCAAAAGACAAAAAAUAAUAAUAAAUAAAAAAUUAAAGUCUUAAAGCAUUUCUAUAUUCAAAUUAUAACAGAUAAAAUAAGUUAUCCUGAGUUCAUAUUGCUUGUACUAUUGAACUCUGCAUCUUUAUCCUUUAAAGUACUUUUUUUUUUCUCUUUACUACUGCACCUGUAGCACAUGGAAGAGCCCAGGCUAGGGGCUGAGUUAGAGCUGCAGCUGCUGGUCUAUAUCACAGCCAUGACAGCACUAGAUCAGUAGCGCAUCUGCAACCUAUGCCACAGCUUGCAGGAAUGUUGGAUCCUUAACUCACUGAGGGAGGGCAGGGAUCGAAUCCACAGCCUCGCAGAGAUGAGCCACAAUAGAAAUGACCUUUAAAGUACUUUUAAGUUAUUGCCUUUACACAUACCCAUUUAACUUUUAGUAAAUCAAGUUCCUUUAACAAGAUAGAAUAAGAAUUAAACGUAUCUUUCUUCUUAAUACUUCAAUGCUUUUUCUUAAAACUCAUGCUUCAAUAGUGCUCUCUCUUGUGACUCAAGAGAAUUUACUCUUAGUGCUGCAAGAAUUCCUCAUCCUGACUUACUCUCAAGUAAGCUAAAUUUUGUUUUCAUUCCUCAAAUAAUGCUAGGCAAGGGCUAAUGGGAGGUUUUUCCGUUUGCUUAACAUUAAAAUUCUCUUUUUCUUUUACAGGUAGUGGGCAUGGUAGAUGGAGGUGUUCCUUUCAGUUUUAUGUAAUGCCAUGCCCAUUUGUCUCUUGAAAUUUAUAAUUUUAAUUUUUACAGAUACAUAUUAUUAAAAUCUAUGAUCAUAACUCGUAAUAGGAAACUUAGUACUUAGCUAUUGUAAUAGGCUUAACCUCAGAGUAUUCAUACAUUUUGCUGUACUUUAUGUGAGAUUACGGGGUGCUGACCCAAAGCACAAUCAGGGUGUUAGGUAGUAAAAUGGUAUGCAUAUCCUAUUCUAUUUAAAAAAAAAAAAAUCAGGAACACAUACGGUCCCAAGGAUUUUCAGAAAAUGAAUUGUAUACUUUUAUUUAUUUAUUUAUUUAGUCUUUUUAGGCAUGCGGUAUGUGGAGGUUCCCAGGCUAGGUGUCAAAUCGGAGCUGUAGCCUCUGGCCUAUGCCACAGCCACAGCAACGCCAGAUCUGAGCUGCAUCUGUGACCUACACCACAUCCUUAACCCACUGAGUGAGGCCAGGAAUCAAACCCACAACUUCAUGGUUCCUACUCGGAUUCAUUUCCAUUGCACCAUGAUGGGAACUUCAAAUUGUAUACUUUUAAAGUCAAUACCAUUAUCUUUGUUUUUAAAAUGAAGAAAGGUUAAAUGAUUGCUCAAGGUCAUAGGGCAAAUAAGUGGCAAAAUUGGGAUUUAAUUUGUGCAGUUUGGCUCCAGAACCCAUGCUGUGAACUAUUAACUAUAUAAAGCUGCUUCUCUUACUGUUUUUCUAGUAUAUAUAGAUCAACUGUAGCAUAAGAUCAAAUUUAGUCAAAAUCUGUUUGCUUAAAAUUUUAAUACCUUUGAAUUAUGGUUUAAGCAGUUGAAUAUAUCAGAGAACCAGUGAGCAAUAAUCUACUAAUAGUUCAUCAUUUUUCUAACACUCUUUGUGAGCUAUCUAAAAUGCCGAUAUAAAAAAAAAACAAACAAAAAACAA